AUGGCUAAUAGCGCUGCAAAACCGAAGUUUAGCUUGAGGCUUCUCAUUGAUGAGGAGAAAAACAGAGUUGUUUUGGCUGAAGCUGGGAGGGAUUUUGUUGAUGUACUCUGUAGUCUUUUGACUCUCCCUAUGGGUACCAUUGUAAGGUUGCUGGAGAAGCAUCAGAAUCCGCAGUCUUCAAUCGUUGGUUGUUUCCACAACCUUUACAAAAGUGUUUCAGACAUGGACGUUGACAACUUCGAGACUCAAAAUGGUAAGAAUUUCCUGUUGUAUCCACGGAGUGCUAAGGCGAGUCACUGCAGAAAUCUUAAGCUGAAUAUAGAUGACACUGAGGAGACAAAGUUCUUUGUCUGCCCGAAUUUCAUAUCUGCUGAAGCAUGCUGUAAGGUAUACAGCAAUGUCAGCACCUCGAGGUGUCGCUGUGGAAGCUCAAUUACCUGCGAGAUUCAGGUUGAAAGAGAGCAAGGUGAUGGUUGUUUAGAAGAUAAAGCUGAUGGAGUAUUUCUCAGCUGCCGAACGUCAUUUAUCAUCACUGAUGAUCUGAAGGUGGCAUUGAACUCUUUGGGUCUUGUUCUUAACGUACUCAAUGACCUUGGCUAUGCUGGUUUUGACAAGCUGCAUGAAACGGUCGUUGAUGUUGGUUUUGAAGAGGUGCUGACUUUGUUAGGGUGUAUGUUUACUUCGGAAUCUCCCUUGACAGACACAUUUCUGAGGAAAAACUGUAUGUCCAAGAAGCGUAAAUUGUUCACACCACUCGUGCAAGAAAGUAAAGUUGCAGGAGAUGCAGACGAGCUUAUAUCUUUGAAAGUUUACGUUAGAAAGACAGACAGGGUGAUUCUUUAUGCUGAGUGCAGAGAAGAUUUUGUUGAUUUUCUUUUCACUUUUCUUGCCAUCCCGCUUGAGUUUGCUUGGGAGUUUUCUGUUGACAGUAUGAAUAUGGGCUGCGUUGGUAAUCUCUGCAGAAGCGUGAAAGAUUUGAGCUUUGAGAAGCAGAAAGAAGCCAGAGUUUCCAAAUGCGUGCUUCCUUAUUUUUAUAAUUUCAGGGUCAGGGCACAACUUCUAGAUGUUGUUAUCCAGGAACAGGAAACACCAGAAUAUGAAUGCUUGGUUAGUCGUUAUGGCGGUACUGGCAGAAACACGCUCUUUAAAAAGAUCGAGAACAAGGUGCUUUCACGCGGUGAAAGAAUUGCGAAGUUAAUCUCAGUGGAUUCAAAAUCCAUGGACACUUCGGAUUCUGUUAGUUUUGGACUCGUGAAGGGAGAAACGAAUUUCAUUGUGUCGGAUGAUCUAGUUGUCACUCCUAUGAACUCUUCAUCAACAAUCUCCUUGUUAAGCAAGCUGCAAAUGACCAUUGGUGACAUCGAGGAGCAAGUAAUUAGCAUUGGCAAAGCUGAGGCCACUAGCUUACUAAGAGCUUCCUUGAUCACAACCUCAGCGUUAACCAACGGUCUCUCAAGCUACCUCUCGAAGAUGGACCUUCCUAAAGAAGAAACUCAAUCAACGUCGAAGAUUCAAAAGUCUGACAAAACCAAUGAAGCUCCUAAAGAAGAAACUCAAGCAAUGUUCAAGAUUCAAAAGUCUGACAAACCUAAUGAAGCUCCUAAAGAAGAAACUCAAGCAACGUCCAAGAUUCAAAAGUCUGACAAACCCAAUGAGGCUUGGCAGCUUCUGUAG